GGGCCAACCCAGCUCGGAGCAUGUAAUGACGGUGCUGGAGCUCCCCGAGGAUCCUGACUACUCUUUGAAGAAAUCUAUUGAUGCCUCAGUGAACGAGGUUGUUAACGUCGCUAAGCUGCUGCUAACUGCCACGGAUGAGGGGAGAUCUAUUGGUGCCUCCAUGAACGGGGUUGUUAACGUCGCUGAGCUGCUGCUAACGGCCACGGAUGAGGUACGGAAGCUGAUCCUUAACGAGUGCGACAUGGUCCUGCAGUGCAAGGUGUGCAAAAAUUUGUUAAGCUCAGUCGAUAAUUUCUUGACGCACAAACGAAUUUACUGCCAGGAAGAGUUUGCUGAUCGGACACUUCUUCACCGCGCAACACCCGCUUCGCAACACCCGAGACUUUCUGUACACCAGCGUUCCCAUCACGGCCCCAUGAGUUGGAUAUCCACCUGUCCCAUCCGCCAGGCCUCCUUUGUCACCACGUUGGCCGUGACUGAGCAGCUGGAGAAAUCCGUUAGCAGCAGCUCAGCGACGUUAACAACCCCGUUCAUGGAGGCACCAAUAGAUCUCCCCUCAUCCGUGGCCGUUAGCAGCAGCUCAGCGACGUUAACAACCUCGUUCACUGAGGCAUCAAUAGAUUUCUUUAAGGAGUAGUCAGGAUCCUCGGGGAGCUCCAGCACCGUCAUUACAUGCUGUGUGGGUGAAAACACUCCCCAGCACCGUCAUUACAUGCUGUGUGGGUGAAAACAGUGUUGAUUUAUCAGAAGGAAGAGGAGGAUGCUGCAAUGUUGCCGGAUGUCCCUGCUCCACCCGUUGUAGAAGUAGUAUUUUUUUUGUACGCAAGCUCUCUCUAUCUCCUGCAGCAGAUGACACCCCUGCACCUCCACCCGUUCCCGAAUUCUUUCCUCCUUUGACUUUUUUCCUCCUCCUCCUUUGGUCUUGGAAGAGGAUGAUGAUUUGGCAAAAACGGAAGAGGAAGAGAAAGGAAGACUGCUUGCCCCUUUAACCAAGUCGUCUUGCCCCUUUUACCAUGUCGGAGUUGUUCGGCAUUCUGGAAUAAUAGUACUACUGCUAGUACUACUAGUACUACUAGUAGUAAACAAUUAAUACCUAAGCUAACUUAACCUAACCUGAUUUUCCUUGUCUCCUGCCCCCUCCCCCCAACACCACACACCCAGUCUUCCACCACAGGACACAUUCACCACAGCUCUACCAUAUCACAAUUCUAACCACACAUCACCUCUAACUGCAUUAAGAGAAAUGUCAGAAAAUAUACUUGUUUUAAUCUCACCGGAAUCACAAAACAUAUAUUUUUCCAGAUUUUAGGCCAUUCCAGUCCAUUCCAGGCACGGUGGCUUGCUUGUUUCCAGAUUUUAGGUCAUUCCAGUCCAUUCCAGGCAUGGUAGCUUGCGUGUAUCAUUCCUAAUAUUGCUACGAGCCACUGGAAACCUAAGUAACGAGUAUUUUAAAGCCACUCACGAGAUAUUGUCAAAAUUGAAAGAAUCUUAAACCUAGCUUCAAUGCUGGAUGGGGUCAUGGCUUAGCGACAGGCGACAGUUGUAAAAAAACGGCUCGAAAUCCGAAUUGGAUUAUGUAAUUAGUGGGGGUGACAAUUGCGGUCACAAAUUAAGAAACACUAACACCACGUAACUGUCACUUUCACUCACCUUAACAUGUGACGUUAAUAAAGUUGAUGAAGCAGAACUAAACGUAACUCCACACAGCGUCACACUCACGCACGCACUCACUCACUCACUCACUCACUCUCACACCACAUGACACAAAAUACGAACAUUUUAAACCACAGAGCCGACACUCAUUACCUCGCUCAAUUUCUCUACACACACACACACUGCUU